AUGAUUUUCGAUAAUAAUAACUCUGAGUACAAACAACCUCUGCUUGAGGAUUAAAUGAAUGACUAGUAAUAAUAGCUUAGUAAAACAAGUGAUAACACCAUUCAAGGUGAUUAUUUAUGGAUAUUUGAUAAGUAUAAAGAAAUAGAUUACUCAAAAAUUGAGAGUAGAAUCAAAAAAAUUCCAUUAAAUGUUUAAAAGGAAAAUGAGUCAGAAGUAACAUUAGUUCAAUAUAUUAUACUUCCUCAUAGAAACUUGAUUCUUGCACACUUCAAAUAAUAUCAGAGAGACAGAUUUCUUGAUUUCAUUGAUCUUGAGUCAUUAUAAAAGGUCAAAACGAUUUAAUUUUAACAAAACCAGCCAAAUGACUAAAUAUUCCACCAGCUAUUCAAUAAUGUCGAUUAUCUUUUCUACAAACUAGAUGAAAGUGUUUACCUUUAAAAACUAGAUGAUUUUUCAUAAGAAAAUGAUAAUCAUUUGAUUGAGUUCAAAUUCAAUAAGGAUGAUACACUCUUCUCUGUUAAUAUAUUCGAUGAAUUCAACGUCUUGGUUCAUUUUGGAUAUAAUAUUAUUCUCUAUCGACUCUGA